AUGGAGCAAGAGGCCUACCAAAGAUAUCAAUGUGAUGAUGUAGAUGCUGGACGAGAGUGGAUCAUUAAAGGAGUCUGUGUCUACAUGGGCGAAGAUCCAGAUAACCUUCUACAGGAAUAUGUGAGCCUGGAUAACAACACCAUCAAUGAGGCCAUUGAAGACACCACUGUUGGGAUCUAUGUUGUCAAAGAACAUGCUUCAAGUGAUGAAGUAGAGGACAUUGGACAAGCCAAAUUGAGUGUUUGCUAUGGAGCCGGUGUACUCACUGUUGACUCACUUCGCGGAGCAGCAGGGGAGAGUGUGACCUUCACAACAUCUGUAAAACCAACCGGUGAACCAUUUCUGGCAGUGACUUGGAGCUUCAACGGUAUCGGCAAUGUAAUAACCUCAACCAGUGAAGAUGUAGUGGGACAAGGCUAUGAGAACCGGAUCACCCUGAAUAAAACCACCGGAUCUCUGGUACUUAGAAACCUGACUGAAAAAGACAGCGGAGAAUAUGAACUAAUCAUCGUCCCACAUGGAGCAGUGCAGCUUCAAGGAGCUGCAAAGCUGGAAGUUCUGAAGCCAGUCGACAAUGUAACAGUAACUCCCAGCAGCACAGACUUGGUGGAGUUCAACAACUCUGUCAGUCUGUCCUGCUCCUCCUCUGGAUCCUCUCUGUCUUUCCUCUGGCGGAACAGCAGCUCUGAGAUUACAGCCAGUGACAGAGUUCAGCUCACUAAUGAGGGCGCCACUCUCACUAUAGUCAGUGUGACCCGCUAUGACCAGGGACCAUUCAAGUGUCAUGUGUUCAAUUCCUUCAGUAAUGGCACCAGUGAUCCAGUUAAGCUCUCCAUCAGCUAGCCAGUAUCCAAUGUGAAGGUAAAUGCCAGCACAACAGACAUUUUGGAGUUCAGCAGCAGCUCUGUCCGUCUGUCCUGCUCCUCCUCUGGACCCUCUCUGUCUUUCCUCUGGCUGAAUGGCAGCUCUGAGGUUACAGCAAGUGACAGAGUUCAGCUCACUGAUGGAGGCACCACUCUCACUAUUAUUAAUGCAACCCGCUAUGACCAGGGGCCAUUCAGGUGCCAUGUGUCUAAUCCUGUCAGUGAUGGCACGAGUGAUCCAAUAAAGCUCUUGAUCAUCUUUGGCCCAGAAAAUAUUAAUUUGAAGCUGUCUCCGUCACAAGAAUACUAUGAUGAAGGAUCAAACAUCAUUCUAAUGUGCUCAGCUGACUCCAGACCUUCUGCCCAGUUUCAGUGGUUUCUGAAUGGAGAUCUGUUGUCUGAUACUGGACCAGAGCUUAGACUGAUGAAGAUUCAGAUGAAUCAGAGAGGAAACUACAGCUGUCAGGCCUUUAACAACAAAACUCUGAGAUAUGAAACAUCCCAGCCUGCAGCUGUCUCUGUACUGACACCGGUAAGUGGAGCCAUCAUCCGCAGCCCCGCAGCCAUCUUGAUAGAAGACAAAAGCUCCACCAACCUCAGCUGUGAGGCCUCUGGCUCCAUCAGCACCAGAGUGUGGAUAAAGGACGGCCAGCCUCUUCAUCUGAGUGGUACAGUCAGCUUGUCCAUGGACAACAAGACAGUGUUCAUACAGCCUGUUCACAGCUCCAACCAUGGCACCUACCAGUGUCAAGUCAGCAACCCAGUCAGCACCAUGACUGCGGUCCAUAAACUCACUGUCAACUUUGGACCACACAACAUAUCAAUUACUGGACCAUCAGCAGCAGCACCUGGCCAGAGAGUGACACUGCAGUGCACAGCGGACUCUGUCCCACCAGCACACUUCAGCUGGAUGUUCAACGGCAAUGAGACACAUGUUAAUAACACCAUGUAUAUUAUAGAGAGUUUGAAGGCAGGAAGUGUUGGGAAUUACACCUGCACUGCCAGAAAUAUGGUGACAAUGCUGGAAAACUCCACAGUUCUGAAUCUGAGAGUUCUAGGCAACUGCACAUCGACGGAUAUGCCUCUUUGUAACUCUUUGUGCACAAUGGAAACUUCACCUCUCAUGCUGCUGAAGUUGCUGUACAUCACAUUACUACCAGUUCUUGAGGCACAAGAAGUCAAAGUCCGGCCUGAAGUGACUGGAUACAUCGGGCAUGAUGUCACCCUGCCAUGCCAAUUCAUCCCAGGAGCAAAAGGCGCCAAUAUCACUCAGGUUCAGUGGGAGCUCAAGCCACCAGAAGGAGAGAAAAUCCUCAUUAUUGUUUUUAGUGUUAUACAUGGAAGUAAGGUUCAUGAUACAUUUCUGAAGGAGAGAGUGGAGAUGGCAGAACAAUCUUUGAUCAUAAGAGAUGUGAAUAUGACAGAUGCAGGGUUGUACAUCUGCAGCAUUGCAACCUUUCCUAGUGGUUCAUUUGAAGGAACCACCAACCUUGUUGUUCAAGAACAGAUGCCGUUAUCAUCAGGGGUGGUUUCUGCUAUAGUGAUUGCCGUCUUGCUGCUGUUAGUGAUCAUGGCAGCCAUAGCUUACCUCAUCUUUAUCAGAAGACCGGAUUCUUCGGUCAGACACCGCAUCUACAUCGAUACAAAUGUUCCAGUGAUGGAUGUGGCCAGGCCAUCUGUCACUGUAAGAGAGGAGGAUGUGGUCUACUCUGAUGUCAAGCUGAAACCAUUCAGAGAUGUGACACCUACACUCACUGACCAAUGUACAGAGACCACAUAUGCUGAUGAUGUUGCAUACUCCGAGGUUGUAGUUUUUCGCCGGCCACCCAAAUUAGAUUCACUAAAGUAAUGUUGAACUUCUCUUUUUUAUGUAUUUGCUGAAGAAAAAAAUAUCUUCUUGAAACUGCUGUAUGCAGGUUGCAUUUACCAUCGUUUUGGUGUCAUUCAUUGAAACCAGUAUAUCCUGACAGCUGCCAGUAAAUCAGCUGCGCCUUCUAUUCGUGCUCUCAUGGGCCCGUACCAAACCAAGCUGUUUCCAACACAGCCUCACAGCAGGUGACAAAAGAAAGGCAAUAUAUUUAUCACAGAGUUAGCAGAGCUUUUAUUGGCGGUAGUAUUCUGUCUAUAUUCAGCUCUGUGAGGUUGCACACAUUCUAACAUGCUUACAGUGAUAAUGCUAGCAUGUUGAUGUUUAGCAUCAAUACAGUAUAAACCCUAUUGGUUUAGCAUGUUAGCAUACAAGCAUUUGAGCUAAAGCUGAUGUGAAUAUCAUUAGUUUGGUGAAGAGUAAAGACAUGCACAGCACCAAAACUUUAACGCUUUAUUGAAUGCAGGGUAAUAAGGAAUAAAACAAACAGGAUAGCUGCACUGUCAGAUAGGCCUCAAUAUCUUAUUUGUUUAUUAUUGGCAAACAACAAUUGUGUUUCAGUGUUUCAGCUAUAAGCAAUUAUCAGCCAUGGCUAGGGUGACCAUAUUUUCUAACUCCCAAACCAGGAAAUGGCCAACUUUCUCUUUAGCAUGACAGCUAUCCAUUAGCAUACUGUUUUGUCAGAAAGAGCUGCAAGCCUGGCUCAUAGGAUAGCAACAACCUUGACUGUUGGUUGAUUGGCACACAUACAGCCAAUUUAUUGUUGCAUUGUUUAUGGUCAGGGGUCUCCCCCUGUUUAUGGUUUUUUUAUUGGGUUAGAUAUAACAUUAAUUAACACUUAUAAUAUUAAGAGGUCACAGUUGCUCCCAGCUCAGUGCAGCUAUCUCAUCUCCCCCACUAUUAAAAAAGCUAUAAAUGUUACUGGACCUGAAGUCCUGUUCCAGUUGUGGAUCUGUAAAGUAAAGAUACUAUCUGGCUCUCAUGACGUGCGAUUCUGACUGUGGCCAUAACGCUAAAGUCUCCCCACAGACAGGUGCUGUUCCUGAGAACGUUGUAAAAAAAAAAGAAACCAACAACCUCAAAACAAGUUCCUGUUCCUCCUUUACCCUUUGACCAUCAAAGGUAGAAGGCCAAAAGGAAGAAAAAAAAUUGAAAAUUACACAAUAAACAAGGAACUAACCUGUGCAACACUAGUGUGGCAUGUUAAUUUUACCAGCUAAUGACGCUUAGGGACCUUAAAAGUGACAAACAUCCCCAAUUUCAGCAGUUUACUUCCUAGAUUCCUUUUUUAUUAUAAUUCAACUAAUUGGACAUUAUGAUGUUUAAAGUCUGUGUCUUUUACUGCCUAGAAUUUGAAUCGUGAGCGUGUUUUUUGAGAGCUUUUUAGAGCUGGACUUGUAAGUGUACUGUACUUCAAAUUCUUUCCUAAUCCUGCCUGCUUCUUCAAAGUUACCUGCAGUGGCUAUAAGUCAAAAGCAAGAAUUGCAUAUUAUGAUUCAAUACUGAAUAUAUUCCAAUAGCACAAAUAAGCUACUGGUAGUAGUUGUUGUUCUGGGAUUUUACCAUACAUUGUAUUCUGUCUACUUUGGCCAGAUUGUGCAGAUGUAUGCAGAUGUUGCAGUCAGAGAAUGAUAUGUAAAAAGGUGAUAAAAUGUGGUUGUUGUAAUGAUGCAUACAAUCACUGAAAUUUAGCAACAGUCCUUGUGUUACCUUCUGGCAGGGUUUCCUGGCAGUGUGAUUAUGUGGGUGUGAGAUUAUGGCUCACUUUGUACAGCAGAACAUGUGAGAACAAAGCCAUUUCUUUUUUGUUAUACUUACUUAAGGGCUAAUUUGUAUUUUUUAUAUUGCUCUGUUUUUACAUCUAGUUUGUAUUGAAAGUCAUUGAUUGGACUUUUUUUUUUUUUUUUUUACACCCGAUGUAAUGCAUUUGAGAUAUUUCAGUCCUGUUGCUUGUUUAGCAAAUCAUGCAGAAAAGCAGAUGGGUAAGGGUCUACGAAUUGUCUGUACAUUUUCUUUAAAACAGAACUGUUUGUUAGUGGCUAGCGUGGCUUAAUAAACCUUUUCAUUGUCACAGA